AUGUUCGGUGAUUCCCGACAAUCUCGCCAAGAGUUGUGCGCGCGCGCGUGUGUGUCUGUGUUUGGCAUGUGGAGCAUGCACAAUUGUCAAGGUGGCUUUUGCAAAUGCAAUGCUGAAAAUGCAUCUCUUUCCCAAGUUGAGUGAAAAAAAACCUCCACUUAGAUUCAAACAUGCCAUUAAGUAUACCUUAUAGCUAGACUAAAAAGUGGUUUCCAGUGCCUUCUCACCCAACACGGCGCAAUCGCGGAGAUGGUAAGUAAAUAUUACGCCGUCUGUGUUCGUCAAACUGGCGAAACGCGCUAUCACUUUCUAAAGCGCGUCCCUAGCCAGCCUGAACCAAAGCCAAGCCGUCCCCUUGCAAGAUAACUGCUGUGUGAGUGAGUGAGUUAUUGCAAUGCGCUCGAAAUGGUGGUGAGCCAAGUUUAUUCGUGUGCUGUGCUUCACCGCGUAUCGGUUCGGUUCACUUUUUGAUGGAUUUUUCCCGACGAAAUACCCCCGUCGAUGGGCGAUGGCUAGUGGUUGUGGGCAUCCUGAUGAUCCUUGCCGUGCCGCGUGCAGCAGGCAACAUCUUUGACAACUACAAACCCUGCAACAACAGUAAUGGCAUUUGCGUUCAGCGCGAACUGUGCCUUAAUGGGCAGAUCAAUACGGUCGGUUUUAUAAUCAUCGAACCGAGGUUGCUUUCUGCGGAUGAUUUCGACGAGUGUAACCAGUACGGUGUGGUGUGCUGUGGUUUACCGCCUGUGCUUGAACCUGACAGUGGCGAGUCGCUGAGCACCACCUUGACAACCACCGAAGAGCCGGAAGAUCCGGAAUGGAGCCGUCAGUGUGGCCAGCGUACGGAUGUAUCGGAAAAAUAUGUCAAUGAAGAGACCGAAACCGAUCGGUUUGAGUUUCCGUGGAAUGUGGCCGUGUUCAGCGUUACAAGGAUGCUGGGCAAAUUACGCAAAGAGUUUCUCUGCAGUGGCACCCUGAUUCACGACGAUAUGGUGAUAACGGCAGCGCGGUGCGCUCAUCAAAGAAAUCGAACCACACUUAUGGUGGAGUUGGGCAGGUGGGAUUUGGAUGCUAGUCCUGAGCCCCGUAUACAGGCAGUAGCCGUAGAUCAGGUCAUUGUCCACCAUGGGUAUGUGGCGUCGAGCCAGCUGAACAACAUAGCUCUGCUAAUACUAGCCAGCGGAGUACGUCUAGAACGAGCGGCAAAUAGGGUGUGUCUCCCGGGCCGUGGCCUAAAAUUUGAUGCCGAUUCCCUGUGCUACGUGGUGGGCUGGAGCAAUUUCCCCAUACCGAACACCCGAAAUCGACAGCUCAAGCUACGGGUGUCCUUUGCCAGUGCGCAGGAAUGUACGGACUCUAUUCGACGAGCGACAAACGCCUGGGAGUUUCGUCUGCCAAAGAAAAACAUCUGUCCAACGUAUUUGGACAACACCGUGCCCUGCGAGCGUGCGCCCGGUUCAGGGCUGGUCUGUGAGUUGAACAACGUCGAAGGACAAUACUUCUUGGUGGGUAUAGCGUCGUACGCGGUGCGCAACUGUAACCGAUUCCGGGCGCACGACGUCUUUCUGCACAUUUCCGACUACAUUGCGUGGAUCGAUGAUCAUGCAAAGAACCAAAGCCGGGACACGAGUUUCUAUCGCCCUGAUCCAACGGGCUUCGAAUGACGUUUCAAGAUAUUCAGUUCGUAAUAAAAAGGCAAUGAAACAAUCGUAUAGUUCCUAACAUCGCACGAAA